AUGUUCAUCUGGAAAACAUUUCUCCUACUCGCAAUCCUAGCGGCUGCUGUGUCUGCGCAGGACCAGAAAGACAACGCCACCACUGUUGCCACAUCGUCGAGCGAUGCGAGCUCAUCAUCCGAUGCAGGUUCAACGUCCGACGCAGGUUCUUCGUCAGAAGCAAGUUCUUCGACCGAAGCAAGCUCUUCGACCGAAGCAAGUUCUUCCUCUGAAGCCAGUUCAUCGACUGAAGAAAGUACAUCGACUGAAGCACAGUCUACAACGACAACGAACGCUCUUCCAUCUAAUCCCCGCAUUAACCAAAUCUGUCCCGGCAAUCCCGGCAUGAAUGAUAGAAUCAGAUCUAGAGCACUGGAGAUGACCAAUUAUCGGAGAUCAAGACUAGCGCGUGGAUUCGUUUCAAAAUUCAACGGCAGACGUCUUCCAAUGGCAGCUGAUAUGAUCAAGCUGGUAGGUCUUUUUGAU